CACCCCCCCCCCCCCCCCCCCCCCCCCCCCCCCAGCCAGCCCUUCUCCCUUUCCCAUCCCAAAGCACUAGCCUUCCGGCAAGGGACAUCUCGACCUUUUUGCAAGGCACACUCCAAAAGGGCAUGGAAAACAACAAAUCCUCGACCUCCAAGCCUCCCACCCCUUCGACCCCCCAAUCCGUAGCCUCCGACCCUAAGGCUCCGGCUGCCAGGCCAUUGUACAGUAGCAAGUUGAGCGACGGAAAAGACAGAUCCACCGAUAACGUCAAUUCCAGACAAGCUCCUGUUCCGCAGCAGAAGGCCCGGUCUUCGGCCAAGAACCCAAUCACUGGUCGCUCGAACAGUCCGCAACAGAACAAUCCGAACAACAAUAACCAACCCAGACAAUCCCCGACUGCGUCUCUCCGUGAGGGCCAGCGAGUCUACAUCACACUUACGAACGGUCACGAAUACGAGGGCAUAUAUGCCGUCAACCCUACGAAUUCGGCUACUUUCUCCUUGAGAAUGGUGCAGCAGAAGAAAGGAUCUGGAUCAGGAGACUCCGCGAACGGCACCGGUAAACGAGACCAAGCAAGCAUGUCUUUCCAAAAGAAGGAUGUUGCCGACGCUCGCGUCACUGGCAGCAACAACAGCAGAGGAGAAGGAAGAACACAGAAUGGCAAUCGAGCCGGUUUCCGCACAGAUACUGCUAUCUCCAACGGCAGGCUUGGAAGCGAACGAGUUCUUCAGCCGUGGGUCCCGGAUGCUGCUGAUGAGGUCGACGGAAGCCUCGAGAAAUCAUCUGGCAGCAGCAAGGGCUGGGACCAGUUCGCCGCUAACGAGCACUUGUUUGGCAUCAAGACGGACUACGAUGAGAACAUCUACACGACGAUCAUCGACAAGUCCCACCCACAAUACCAGCAACGCAUGCUGGCUGCGGAUAGGAAGGCCCGAGAGAUUGAGCGGUCGACUCCUACUACUGCCCAUGUUGCAGAGGAGCGUAUCAUGGACUUCGCUGGUGGCGAUGACCAAGGCGGCGAUGAGGAAGACAAAUACAGCGGUGUUCGUCGCGGCGAAUUCGCGUCACUGACCUCCGGAAAGGAGAAUCGAUACACACCCCCAGCCAGACGGGCGCCCACUGGCCAAGCAACUGUAAAGGGUGCACCUGUUGACCCUGCCAUCAUCUCUUCCCAAAUUAAGGGCUCGCAGUCCAAGAAACCCUCGACCCCUGUCACCGAGGAAUCCAAGCCUUCGACCUCCCCACAGCCCUCCGCAACAGCCAGCGCCGACCCGAGCGCUUCGGGGGCUGCCAACAAGUCAGACAGCAAGGCCGAGGCGAAAGCUAAGGAUGGCAAGAACGAAGAGAAAGCUGCUGAAUCAAAGAAUGUCGAGAAAUCUUCUUCGACCCUCCGUGCCACAGCCACCACUGCCCGCACUGUCUCGCCUCAGGCGAAGGACGGCGCUGCCGCGCCCAGUGCUACAUCGACGGUCGAGGCCGAUGUCCUGAAGUCGUUCAAGACCUUUGCUACACAGCAGCGUGCCCAAGCGGAUAAAGUGCGCACCAACAAGAUGAAGGCCGACAACCAGGUCAAACUACAGGAGCUCAAGAAGUUCGCCGAUAGCUUCAAGCUGGCAACUCCUGUCCCGAAGGAUUUGAUUUCCAUCAUUGCAAAGGACCCUGCCAAGCAGAAGCAGAUACAAGCCAAGGCGUUGCAGAAUGCAGAGGACGUCAAGCGGGCUAAGGAUGCAGCCAAGGAGAAGGAUUCGGGAGCUGCCAAAGACACCCAGGCGAAACCCACGGUAGAGCAGCCACCUGCACAGAGCUCGGCGGCCCCGCCGGCUGAUAACCGAAACGCGCGGAGCGGAGGCCCCCAACACACGCCGUCGCCAUCUGCUAUGAACAACAACCGCCACCCAGGUCCCCGACAAUCCUACGGACCGCAAGGCUAUCACCAACCGUUCAGAGGUGACAGGCAACCUACUCAGCACAUGGCUAGUCGCCAAACUGGUAAUCUUGGCGAACGACUGAGAAAGGUUGAACAAGAACGUGCUCGAGGAGGCCAGCAGCACUAUCCGAACUCACACGAAAUGCGGAUCCCUCCAACCGGGCCUGCGAACAGCGUUGACCCCAACUAUGGCAGGCGUCUCAGUGCCAUGGCUCCCCCUCACCCUCAUCUCGCCGCCAAGCUGAACCCCAAUAGCCACGAGUUCAAGCCCAACCCCUACGCCACUUCCUUCAGCCCUAAUGGUCCGAGCACAGGAUCGAGCCCUCGCUCUGGUGUCAACGUUGUCGAGCCGCAACCCGUCUCUGCCCCCCAGUCGGGCCAACUUAUCCGCCGCAAGACCAAAUCUAUUGAUGUUGCUAAGUGCUUCAUUCUCGCUCACAUCAAGACGGCUCACCCCCCUCAGGGCAGGAACUGGGACGACAAUAACGGGCUGCGCCCAUCCUACGACACUCUCCCGACCUGGAGACAGCUGCAGGACAAUGAGAAGGCGGAUUCCACCAUGCAUCUGACUUACAAGGAAUACUUUGAACGCCUGCCCUUCGGCGGCCCGGCACUUACUACCCCCAACCCAUCCCAUGCGAUGCCACAAGUUCCGCAUCAACACCAACUACCAUUCCAUCUGCAGCACGGCGCGCACGGUAUGCCUCGCCAAUCUCCACACAUGGCCCCAAUGCCAAUGCAUCCUCAGCCCGGACCUACUCCUCAGAUGCCAUACAACAACGGAGACGAUCAUAGAAUGAUGCAGUCUAACUCGGCACAAUCCUUUGCCUCCCCGAGGAUGGCUCAGAUGUCAAUGUACCCUCCGCAGAUGAAUUCGCCUGCACAAAUGCCGCCCUACAAUCAGGCUGUCGCAAUGCCGCAAUUCAUCCCCUCCACUCCCCAGAUGAACCAGUUCCGGAGCUUUUCUAAUAGCCCCCAGUAUAUGGCUCAGCAGCCGGGCCCAAUGGGCAUGCAGGUAAUGCCACCCCAGUUCAUGACUGGCCCCAGUAACAUGGUGCCGUCAAGUUCUCAGAUGGGCAUGUACCCAGGCCAGCCGCAGUUCAUCAAUCCUGGUGGUGCUCCGCCGCAACCCAUGCCAGGCUCGAACGGCUACCCAAGCCCGGGUCGACCUGCAGCUGCCCCCAUGAUGAUGCAACAGGGUUCUCAACAAGGACAGCAUGUCUAUGGCAUGAGUCCUGGCAUGCCAUACCAGCAGCCCGUCUAUACGGGUCAAGCUCCCAAUCAGAUACCUAUGAGGGGUUUCAGCAAUUCCGGCCCGCAGCAUUUUGGCACGAGUCCCCAGCAGAUGCACCAGUUCGGCCAUCGAAACGGCAGCCACAGCUAUGGCAACAAGAACUUCCACGGUCAUAACCAACAUCAGCCAGCCCAAGGCGGCCACGCAGCAACUGCUGGUCCAUCGGGGCGCGCCGGAGAAGGACCGGAAGAAGCCAAAUGA